AUGGGUCUCACGUUCUCUAAGCUGUUCGACAAGCUAUGGGGGAAGAAGGAGAUGAGAAUUCUGAUGGUUGGUUUGGACGCCGCCGGAAAGACCACCAUUCUCUACAAGCUCAAGCUCGGUGAAAUCGUCACGACCAUCCCUACCAUCGGUUUCAACGUCGAGACUGUCGAGUACAAGAACAUCCAGUUUACGGUGUGGGAUGUCGGUGGUCAAGACAAGAUUCGUCCCCUGUGGCGCCACUACUUCCAGAACACCCAGGGUAUUAUCUUCGUCGUUGACAGCAACGAUCGAGACCGUAUCGUCGAGGCUCGGGAGGAGUUGCAGCGCAUGCUGAACGAGGACGAGCUCCGAGAUGCCAUUCUGUUGGUCUUUGCCAACAAGCAGGAUUUGCCUAACGCCAUGAACGCUGCCGAGAUCACCGAUAAGCUUGGUCUUCACAGUCUGAGACAGCGCGCCUGGUACAUCCAAUCUACUUGCGCUACCUCAGGUGAUGGUCUGUAUGAGGGUCUCGAGUGGCUCGCUACCACUCUCCGCAAGGCGGGUCACCAGUAG